AAGCCGCAGCCACUUGGUUCUUUCGAAGGCGGGAACAUAUGAUUCAGGCCUGCCAGUAAACAAAGUCGGGCGUGAGAGAGACUGCGACUUCUCUACUUCGCCUUACUUUACAUUUCUCGGAUCGGAUACUUGCAUUAAUCAACGGCAUUGCAGAAAUGCCUCUUCUGUAUGGUGUGAUUGCCAGGGGCACAACGGUCCUUGCACGAUAUGCAACGUGUGCCGGAAAUUUUGCAGAGGUAACAGAGCAGAUUUUGGCAAAGAUCACUCCAGGAGAAUCUGGACGCCUUACAUAUUCUCACGGGUCAUAUCUGUUCCACUAUGUUGCUGAGGAUGGCGUAGUGUUUUUGUGCAUCACUGAUGACGAGUUUGAGAGGCAAAGGGCGUUUUUGUUCCUGGAAGAUGUGAAGCAGAGGUUCCAGGUCACAUAUGGAGCUCGUAUCCACAAUGCACUACCGUAUGCUAUGAACAGCGAGUUUGCUCAGGUUCUUGCAAGUCAGAUGAAACACUACACUGAGUCACGAGACAUUGACAAGAUCUCUCGUCUACAAGGUGAAGUGAGUGACGUGAAGGACAUCCUUGUUAAGAACAUUGAGAACCUAGCAUGUAGAGGGGAAAGACUUGAACUCUUGAUAAACAAGACGGAGAACCUGAACACCUCGGCUGUCACGUUCAAGACUACAAGCCGCACAUUAGCCAGAAGCCUUUGGUGGAAGAAUGUUCGCAUCAUCAUAGUCAUUGUCUUGGGAAUUGGGGCGAGCAUUUAUAUAAUAGGUGCAAUGGUGUGUGGCCUUGCAUGGCAGCAGUGUACGAAGUAGGAGUUGUGCCUUUGACAAGUGAUCAUACUGCAGACAGAUGCUUAUACACAUUUUAUGUUCAUGUUAGAGAGUUGGAUGUUGACUACGAUCUUCACUCUUCAUGUUGGCGUUGUGAGGAAUUACUUUAUAUUGGGUGCAUGCUGUCACGCAAAAUCAUGUCACUUGUAAUCAUUCGGUAAGUGUUUAAUGAUUGAUUAAGAUCUGGUUGUUGAAUUGUCUGAUAAAACUAUCCCCAUUUUCUGUAUUUAAGUUGAAUUGUUAAUCAUAGCAAUUAUUAAUAUUUUCUGCUUUUUGAAUCAUUGAGUUUUGUCUUUUAAGUUCAAUAUCUUGUACGACCAAGUUAUAUUUUUAAUUAAGUGACAAAUGUAAAUCUCAAAUGACAUGUUUCAUAAAAUUGUUGUUUUAAUUGUUAUUGUAACAUAAAACCAUAUUUAAUAACAAAUGUUUAAUACAUUUGAUAAUAUCUAGUUACUGAAAGUUAAAAAAAAAUAUUAAUAUGGAAAUAAUGACAUUUAUAAGGUUAAUUUUGUGAUGGAUAAAACUUGGUGCAUAAAGGUAAAUGAUUGUGUUUGUAGUUUCUAUAUAUAAUCUCGUAUUGAGAUGUACUUAUUUUCAUUAUUAUUGUGAUCAUAUCAAAAGAUUACCAAAUGGAUGUUGUUGUAGUUUUCUGAAUCAUAGCAAGUAAAUCUCUUGCCUACUCAUAAUAGACUGGCCAGUUACAUAGGAUUACAUAAUAAUGUGUCACUGUACAGUUCUUUGCUGUACUUGCCUAAUAGCCCCUAGAGAUUUAUUGCAUGCUUCCUCUGUAUGGGGAGACCAUCUUUUACAUACAUAUAUAUUUAUGACAGUAUCAGACCACGGAGGAAGAAUUGAAACAGGAAUUACCUUAAGUACUUUCGUAUAUUAUCCUUCCUUCUGAAGAUGUAUUAAUAUAUGAAAGUACUUAAGGAAAUUCCUGUUUCAAUUCUUCCUCCGUGGUCUGACACUGUCACAUUUUUCAUCACGUGUUAAUUUUUGUGAUUUACACACAUAUAUAUAUUUAUAUAUAAAUAUUGUACACACACUCAAAAGUGGUUCAGUUAUGCGUAAUAAACUAUAAUACACUCGCAACGAAAACCCAAUUGCUUGCAUUCAUAUAUAAAAAUAUUGAACUGUUGUAUUUAAGAUUUUUGUAAAUUGUGAUUAAUAAAUAUAAUUCAAUAAUCUUAAAGCUUUUACAAGACAUACACACACAUGCUGUAUUUUAAUUUUAGCACAUACUGUAUUGUUUUUUUGGUUAUAAAACUGGGCUGAAUACUCAAAGGAAAAUAAAUGUUUUUAAAGUAAUUAUUAAUAACAUCUGGCAUCACACUUACUGUGAUGCCAGAUAGUGUCAUCAAAAAUAUCAUACAAGUACAGUACAAGGCUUUACGGCUGACGAUGCCUUAUUCUGGAUGAGCUCAUCCCAAGGGAACUACCUACAGUAUACUCUUGUAUACUGUGCCUACAGUAUACUCUUGUAUACUGUGUAUACAGUAUACUCUUGUAUACUGUGUGGUGUUUAUCUGUAUGUCAGCAGCUCUUAUGUCAGGUCUUGCAAAGAUCAGUGCAGCGGUCUCAUUGUAUUGUUGAUUUGUACAGUAUUGGAAGAAAUCUUAGGAUGGUUAAAUUGAUGAUGGACCUGAGACCCUGUGGGUAUGAUGUUCAAGUGUGGUGUUGGUUCAACAUAAAUUCAACGUUGAAUCUGUGUUGAAUUGACAUUGCUUUUGGAUCUUGGGCUCACUGGGAAGCUGCUUGUGUGAAGGAAUAUCAUUAUGUAUACUUACUAGUCGUUUUCUAAUACCCACUUAGUUAUUGGCUGUAAAAAAAAUUAUUUAUUUUGGAGUCGCUGGUUUUUUAUUUUUAUUUUUGCUUUGGUUAUAUAGGGAAAAGAUGUUUUUGAAUUCUUAUAUACUAUUAUCAUUACCUGUUAGCGAGAUGAAGAGUCCAGUUCUGGUAUGAGUUAAUUACUGUACUGGAAUGAUUAUAAUGAGUCCUUGUACAUAGCUGUAUUAAAAAAAUAAAUUUUUAGUUAGAAGCGUUAGAUAUGGACAUGACGAAAUCAGGUGCAUGGUUUUAAGUGGUAAAUACCUAGUGGGCACCCUCGGUGGAAUGCAACCGACCUGACAUAAACGGUGCAUCAACUCGGUCGCUUUAAACGAGCAGUGACCACUGGGUAGGUUUGUAUAUAAUAUACUGUACUGUGAUAGUACCCUUUAUUUAGUUCACCAUAAAUCUCUGUGCUUAGUAUAGACAAGAUGGGAACUUGCUGAGGAAGAGUAGGACAGCUGUAUCUGCAGAGUAUUUUCUUCCUUAAUGAGUUCUUCAUUAAUUAGACUAAUCUUGAAAGAAAUUAUUCUUUUAGGAUAAUAAAGAUGCAGUGAUAUAGUUUAGUUAAUAGUCAAUAUGUAACUAGUGUGUCAGGUUUGUGGCAGUUUAAGAUUUUUUAUUGCAUGUAAUAUUUGAAAUCAUGAGAGAUACUUUGAAUAAAGUUUCUGAAGCAAAA